AUGAAGGUCAACGUCGGUCUCCUGCUGGCGGCAGCAUCGAUCUGGUCCGCAACCGCCUUACCAAUAAUCGAGCCCAUUCCCACCGAUCUCAUCCGGCGAGCCAAGCAAGGCUUCGCAUACCGUUCCGCCGAAGCCGAAGCAGAGCCGGCGAAGCAGGGUUUCGCGUACCGCGCUGCUGAGCCCGAAGCAGAGCCCGCCAAACAAGGCUUUGCCUACCGCUCCGCUGAGGCUGAAGCCGAACCCGCCAAGCAGGCUUCGCGUACCGCUCCGCCGAAGCAGAGGCCGAAGCAGAGCCUGCCAAGCAAGGGUUUCGCGUACCGCUCUGCCGAAGCUGAAGCAGAGGCAGCGCCCGCCAAGCAAGGCUUUGCCUAUCGUUCUGCUGAAGCCAAAGCAGAGCCCGCUAAGCAAGGUUUUGCUUACUAG